GCUUGGUACGCUUAGACCCCGAGAAUACGGCAUCGUGCUUCAAUAAGGGUCCAUUGCAACCUCGUGGAAAUCUUGCCGUCCACUGCUACCCUUCGUACUUAUAAUUAGUGCCUCGCUCGAGGGUUGAUAACCCAGCGGCCCGGAGAAACGUGAAUCUUGACCGCCAACUUUACCACACUCGCAGUCACUCCCUACGACGGUCCUCCCUGACGUUGGUACAACAUGCGGCAACUCCCGCCCAAUAGUUUGCCAACGCAAAGAUGAACCUCAUGGGUCUGGUCGGGUGGAUUCUCGUAGCAGGAGGAUCCGCAGCGUUUACAGCCAGCCCGUCGUCCAGCACAACGAAAUUCACCAACCCGUUCGACGCCAUCACAAGCGGGUCGAGUGUCCGGUUAGCGUGGGAGGGCGUGGCGUCUCAGCACUACCCACUGUGCAUCACGGCGCAGCUGAUUGAGAGGAGCGGCGACGAAGGCUACGGGGCGAAUGCGUACCGGGUGAAUAUCACAACUACUGCCAACGGGUCGUCAUACCUUUGGGAGAACACCCCUUAUCCGCUCCGGUGGAUUCCCGGCGGGCUGUAUCAGCUCGAGCUGAGGCCGUCGUCUUGGAGUGGAGGCGGCUCGCCGCUGCUGGCGAAAUCACCGUUCUUUAACAUAUCGGAUCCCGGGAUUGCGGUAACUCCCUCUGAUGGCGAGAAUUCUCCGCAACCAACGUUGGUGGAUUACCAGAGCGACAACGCAUCGGGCGUGAGCAAACCGCUGGCUGUUGGGUUGGGGGUUGCCAUUGGGAUCCCUUCGAUUGUGGCCCUGGCAGUUGUCAGCUGGUGCUUUAGAAAACGGCAGCGGAGGGUGGCGUUGGAGAAGAGACUGUUGAAGCGGAGCGAGUUUGUCAUUGACUAAGAAGGUAGAAUUAGUAGUACGCUUGGAUGUAUUGUACAUAGGACGGUGUAGUAGGCAGAAAGCGGACAAUGGAUGAACAGACAGCAUGAUUGUUGGUGCCAGUUGGUUGUUGAAAUGGAUAUCACCUACCUUAUUACGCAUGGAGCUAAGAUGGAGACUGCGAAGUCUGUUGUAGCAUAUGGAGCAGAGACGAUAUUAGCGUGGAGUGCCUGGAAGGCGCAGCCACGGCGUUCACAUGCCAUCCGAACCUUCCGAUGGA